GCAUCAAUCAAACAUCUUCUAUCUUCCUCCCAAACCUACCCACAAACUCCAAGGGCCGCAAGACUCUGCAGCUCUCCUCGAACGUCUCCUCUCCUUACAAAAUGGAAUUAGGGAAAUCGAAAAGGCACGGCUAGUGAACAAAUGUCGAGCAAACUUUUCUAAUUCCAGAAAGUAACACAAAGCUUCUCUUGCUUCUUCCUCUUUUCUUUUUUUCAUAAAUGCAUUACUAUUUUUAACCCCUCCACGUUCUCAGAUUCGAGUCUCACGCGUCUUUCUUCUUUUCCUUAGCUUUUAGUCCCACAAGAAUCUCAUAUCUGUUUUCAUCCUAAGAGAUGUGGUCGGCGGUGGGUGCUUUGAGGCGUACGGCCGCCAGUAAAAGUUGUCCGAUAAGGUCGUCAUGGCUCGGCGGUGGUUACAGAUGUCUCACAGUGGAACCAACGGAGGAGAUAACUGUAACGGAAGCGAAGAAGCUAAUGAGGUUAGUGAACGUUGAUGAGAUGAAGAAGAAGCUCGGUUGUAUGGGGAAUGAUGAAACUGUCUCUUACACUAAACUCAUUGAGGCAUCUCAAGGUUUUGGUAUCGCUAGAUCUCUCCACGAAGCUCAUGCCUUCGCUCGUAUCCUCGAUGAUGCUGGUGUCAUUUUGAUUUUCCGUGAUAAAGUCUAUCUUCAUCCAGAUAAGGUGGUGGAGUUGAUUAGAAAGGCAGUGCCUUUAGGUUUGAAUCCAGAGGAUGAUCCAGCUAAAGUCGAGUUCGAUAAGCUUAGGAGAAUGAAGGAAGAGAUUGAUGUGUUGGCACAUAAGCAAGUGAGGAAGAUUCUGUGGUGUGGUCUUGGCUACUCUGUGGUUCAGAUCGGACUCUUCUUCAGGCUAACCUUCUGGGAGUUUUCAUGGGAUGUGAUGGAGCCCAUUACCUUCUUCACUACAGCCACUGGCAUUAUUGUUGGUUACGGUUAUUUCUUGAUGACUUCCAGGGACCCAACUUAUCAAGAUUUCAUGAAGAGGUUGUUUCUUUCUAGGCAGAGGAAGUUGCUCAAGAGUCGCAAGUUUGAUGUUGAGAGGUUUAAGGAACUUGAGAAGAAGUCGAAGAUGACGUCUUGCUCUUCGUAUCAUUCGUGCCACGCGAACGCAGCUAUUCGGAAGUGUGUUGGAGUUGAUCUUGAUUUAGAGGAUUCUUUGCAUAGUCGCAGCGACUGAUUCAUUCGGUUUCUGGUUUUCUAACCAUUAUUCACUUUUGGUUUUAUAUGCUAUAACCAAUGUCUCUCGAGGCUUCUUCAUGUUUGAUUCCUUGUUGUUUACAAAAAAAGAAUCCAAUGGGUGUUUAGUUUUGCACUAGUCAAUGGAGAUUGAGAAUUUUUAUUUGAUAAUCUUGAGCUCUAAAAUCAGUAAUAUGGAAUUUGUUGAUUA